ACGAUACUUUAUCGAGCGAGUUCGCUGUCGGUCUCCUCUUGGGAGAAGAGGACCGAAAAUUUGGAGGUUAAUGUCGAGGCGGAGGAGGUGUAAACUGGAGCUGUAAAUCAUGUCGAUUUAUUCGUGACAAGUGACGUAAAGGGAAAACGUAACAUGACAAGAGCACGUAACUUAUAUUGUUGAUAACAAUAAACACUUCUCCGUAAAGAGAGAGAAAGAGAGAGAGAGAGAAACGACUGUCUUCUACAAUGGCUGAUAAUAAUUUAGCGAAGGUUUUCGCAGCCGAGGACUUUAAUCCGGAAAAAUUUGUAAAGGAACUCAGUGCGCAAUGCAUUGGUGCGGAUGAAUUAAGGCAACAACGUGCAAAAAUACAGGAACUGGCAAAUAACACAUCUGCUCAAUUAAAACGAAAUGUUUAUCAAAAUUAUAUGCAGUUUAUCGAGACUGCCAAGGAGAUCUCACAUCUGGAGAGCGAGAUGUAUCAACUGUCUCAACUCUUGAGCGAGCAACGUGCUUUAUUGAGCAUGCUAGGAUCUACUAGAACACCAGGCGUCGUUUUUGAAGAUUUGUCCGAGUCGCAGCAAGAGAACUCUGUCAAUUCUGUAUCUAAGGAAGAGGAACAAAAACAAAAACUCAUUCAAUUGAUGGAAAAUGUCGAAGGAGCUCUGAGCUUAGCUGAAACUCCAGGACGUGUGUGUUUACAUGAAGGUUCCCUGCUCGAGUUAGACCCAAUCGAAGGAACGCCAUUAAAGAGAAUUCACGCAUAUUUAUUCAACGACGUUUUGAUGGUCGCAUCUUGGCUGGCGAAUGGCGGCAGACGCGGGCCUCCUAGAUAUAAAAUGCAAGCGGUUUAUAAUCUUGAAAGCUUAGCGAUUGUCAAUGUGAGAGAUCACGGCACAGUUAAGCUGGCUUUCAAACUAUUGGCAUUUUCCGACACAAGAGUGUUUCAGUGUCCCACUGCGACAAGUAAAAAAGAGUGGUUAGAUAAGUGCGAGCAAGCAAAAAGAACAAAGCUAGCAGAGGAAAAUUCGACUGAUAAUGAUAAACCGGAUAACGAGCAUCCAAAGGAAGACAAAGCAGCGCCGUCUCGUUCAAUGUCUUUGGAUUCGAAUACAUUAGGGAUGGAUGACGAUGACGAUUCGGAAUAUCACGAACCACCGCCGGAGUGGGUGCUGGAAGUGGCUGAGGAUCUGGAUUCCUGCAUAGCGCAACGCCACUUUGAGGAUGCUUACAGUUUAUUAGAGAAAGCAAAGGCCUACCUGAAGGAUGCUCAACCGAUACCGUUACUGACGGAGAUCCAAACGAAGGUGAAUGAUAGAGGUCGAUCAUUGGUGAAUGUGCUGACCAAGGAAUUGGAAUUGAGCGCCGAGGCGAAGUCGCUGCAAGGAGGCGGUUUAAGAAGCGCUCGACGUACAGUUAAGCUCCUGAUACAGUUGAACAGGAGCGCUCAGGCGUGUCACUUGUAUCUGCGAUUAUGCAGCGCGAUGCUGAAGGCACGACUAUCAAGGAUCAAACGAGAAAGUACAACUGUAGCUUACGUAAAGCAACUCAGCGCGAUUGCCUUCAGCAAUAUAGUGGAAAUAGCGAGGGAAUUCUUGAAAACCUUUCCCCAAUCUACGAACUGUACUUCCGGUUUAAUUGUGUGGUGCAGCCAAGAGGUGAAACACUUAACGUCGCACAUAGCUGAGCAACUUUUUGUACCACAAGUCACGUUAAGCAUAUUAGUAGAGUGCAUUGUUGCUGUUCGAGGUCACUGCGAUCAGCUAACUCAGCUGGGCAUGGACUUUCGUUACCAGUUAGAUGGACAACUGAGAUCUCCAUUAGCUAAAGCCAUCCAAGAUGCGGGAGAGAAAUGCAUUGAUAUAACGAAGCGUCAUGUUGCAGAGGAUACUUGGCGACCGACGAAUCUGGAAACUAGUCAGAAUCUUCAGAAGCUAUUAUCAGAGCUCGACGAGCUCGGUAUCGGCGUACCAUCAUCGUACGCGACGACAAAUGACUGUUGGAUACCGUUGACACACACCACAUUAACUUUCUCCAAGAUUUAUGUCAGUCUGUUAGAAGAUUGCCUUAGCGUAGCCAUACCUGAGCUUAUGUCUACGAUAGAUAACGCACUUGUGUCCGUGAUGCGGGUCGAAGUUCAACAUUUAAUUCUUUCGCUUACGGAUCCGAAGUUGAAGCAAGAGCGAAAAUUAGUACAAAAUAAUGCAGCGUAUGUGCGAGAUAUUAUUAUCGUCCGUGGGAUGGAACUGUACAAAUCCGUGACAAAUCAGAAGUUUACGAAGCUGCUUGCUUUGAAAGAACAGAUUGUAUUCGAAUCUCCAUCGCCUACAAAACCGAAACCGGCUCCGAGAACAUCGGUUACUAAAUACUCCACGACAGAAUACCUCUAACUGAAAUAAAUUUUGCAUCGCUUGAUUUAUAGGCAAGGAAGAAGUGUUACAGGAACAAAAUAUCUGCAUGUGUACAUACAUGCAUUAUAUAUAAGUAAUAUGCAGGAUAAUGUAUUAUAUUGUACAUAUGAGAUCGAGUUUCUUCGAUGUAAUAUAGAAAUAUACGUAUCAUAAUGAGAUAAAGUAGAAGUGAUUUGUUGCUUCACUUCUAACGCAGAUACAUAUUAAUUGUAAUGCCAUCAUAGAACUUGUAAGAUGCUUAUGACUUGUAAGAACGAACAAGAGUAAACUCGGAAAUUUAAUAAAUUAGAUUGCCGUGUACGACUUCUCUAGGGAUGCAUAUAAUGUAAUAAUCUGUAAUAACAUUGUAACAUCUAGUAUGGUGUAUUAUUUACAAUUAAUUGGAUAUAGAUAAUUUAUGUAUACCUACAAUUAUUUAUAUAAUAGCACUAUUUUGUACUGUUGUCGCUGCAA